CAACUGUGUAUAAAUAAUGUAGCUUUUUGGUAACCCUCAGUAACCCAAACACACCCCUACAGCAAACAUGAAGCAUAUUGUCUACACCCUGGCGGUCCUGAGUGUUGCACUUGCUUGGGCUGACGCAACCAAAAUUGGCUCGCUUGGCGGACUUGGUAAUCCACUCGGAGGACUUCUAGGACUCGGAGCUGGACUCGCAGGACUUGGUAAUGGAAUUGGAGGAUAUGGUGGAUUGAAUAAUGGAUUUGGAGGAUACGGAGGACUGAAUAAUGGAUUUGGAGGAUACGGUGGACUCGGUAAUGGAGGCUACGGUGGAUUCGGCAAUCCAUUUGGAGGAGUUGGUAAUGGAUUUGGAGGAUUCGGUUGGCUCGGAAAUCUCGGUAAUGGAUUUGGACUGUACGGUGGACCUUUCAAUGGACUGAAAGGACUCCCAGGACUUGGAGGCCUCGGCAAUAAAUUUGGAAGCUAUGGAGGCUUUGGAAAGUAAAGGAUGAUGAUGGUGUGAGGCCUCAGGUGGGGAGUUCCUCCGGCGCCUCCACUCACACGUGAGGCCUCAGGUGGGAAGUUCCUCCGGCGCCUCCACUCACACGUGAGGCCUCAGGUGGGGAGUUCCUCCGGCGCCUCCACUCACACGUGAGGCCUCAGGUGGGAAGUUCCUCCGGCGCCUCCACUCACACGUGAGGCCUCAG